UUUAGUCAGUGGGCCUCAGUUCCAUAUCGCUCAGAGGGCCUUUUAAUUCACUCUGGCCGCUACGGAGCGGCACAGCACGCGCGCGUUCGGGAAGAGGCACGUUCCAGACGCGUCUAGGCGACGGACGUCGUGUGGUGUGGUCUUCUCUGGAGGAAAGGCGACCGACCGUCUUGGUUAUCGGUCACAGUAAAGCCACGCGGAAUAGCCAACCUGCGAUCAUCUUCUGGAUCGUUCCCCCUCCCCCUCGCGCCGCCGCCGCCGACGGGCGGACGGUGACAGGACGGGAUAGGACUGGCGUCUCCUCCUCCUAGAGCUCCUAGAGCGUCAAUUAAAGGUUGUCAGGUCACCCUCUGCGACGGCCGUGGUCGCGUCGUCGCCCAGCUCCAGCGACCCUGGGCGUCCUUGCAUACUUCGCGCGUGCCAGGGACGACAAAUCAACUUGUUUACUCUAGUUUUUGUGGUGGAGGGGCAGUAUGAAUAGCCCCGCGCCGAGUCCGGGAAACAUGACGUCCUCCACCCAGAAGGGGUGCCUCGCCAGAAUGAAAGACGCCCUCACGCUCAACUGCCGGCAGGUGCUCAACCUCAUGGUCUUCUUCGGCUUCAUGUUCAACUACAUGCUGCGCGUCAACCUCACCAUCGCCAUCGUCGAGAUGGUGGCCAAGAGCAACGCCACCGCGGCGGCGGUGGUAGACAACAGCACGGCGGCCAUGGAGCGCGUGGUGGACGAGGACGGGCGCACGUGGUUCGCGUGGGACGCCCACAAGCAGAACCUCAUCCUGGGCUCCUUCUUCUGGGGCUACCUGAUGACGGAGCUGCCCGGCGGCCGCCUGGCCGAGGUGGUGGGCGCCAGGAAGGUGCUGGGCGUGUCCAUGCUGGUGUCCUCGCUGCUCACCCUCAUCACCCCCGCGGCCGCCAACCUGUCGUACCUCGCCCUGGUCGCCCUGAGGGCCGUCAUCGGCUUCCUGCUGGGCGUCACCUGGCCCGCUAUGCUGCCCAUGGCGGCGCACUGGAUUCCCCCCGCCGACCGCAGUAAAUUCAUGUCCAACAUGAUGGCGUCGUCCCUGGGCGCGGCCAUCACCAUGCCGGUGUGCGGCUUCCUGCUGUCCACCUGGGGCUGGGAGUCCACCUUCUACGUGACGGGCGGCGUGGCGCUGCUCUGGUCCGCCCUCUGGUUCGUGCUCAUCUUCGACUCGCCGGCGCAGCACCCGCGCAUCUCCAUGGAGGAGCGGCGCUUCAUCGAGCAGGCCCUCGGCGACAGCGUGCAGGCGUCGCACAAGGAGACGCUGGCCGUGCCCUGGCGCCAACUGCUCACCUCCGGCCCGGUGUGGGCCAUCGUCCUCACCCACGUGGCCAGCAUCUACGGCUUCUUCACCGUCGUCAACCAGCUGCCCACCUUCAUGAAGAAGGUGCUGCACUUCAACAUCAAGCAGAACGGCCUCGCGUCCAGCCUGCCGUACUUGGGCAAGUACUUGAUGGCGCUGGGCACGGGCGUGAUCGCCGACUACCUCAAGAGCCGGAACAAGAUCAGCACGACGGCCAUCCGCAAGACGUUCACCACCUUCGCCGUGGGCAUCCCCGGGCUGCUGAUGGCGGUGCAGGUGUUCGCCGGCAACGACCAGAUCGCCUCCGUGGCCAUCUUCACCCUGGCCCUCACCUUCAACGGCGCCGUCACCGCCGGCUACCUCGGCAACGGGCUGGACAUCGCGCCCAACUUCUCCGGUACCAUCUUUGGAAUGGCGAACAUGCUUUCAUCGGCUGGUGGUUUUGUUUCCACUCUCAUGGUGGGCUCGCUGACAUACCAAAAUGAUUCCUACGGCCAGUGGCAGAUCAUCUUCGGUAUUUUGUCCGGCGUGUACGUAUUAGGAGCUGUUAUUUACCUGUUCCUUGGCACUGGAGAACUACAGAAGUGGAACUCUCCAAGAACUCCGGCAGAGAAAGAACCAGAAAGCUAUCCCUUGCGUAAAAAUUCUGCCUAAAAGACACAAAAAGUUUUAAGAAAGAAAUCUCAAAAUAUUUUAAUUUGAGCAUGGAUGCUCAGAAAUUUCCACUACAGUCUGCAUUGUGCAUUAAAAUAUCUUUCUUAGAUGGCACUAAGAAAUACUGAAAGGUAGAUAGAUACAUUACUGUAAAAGUGCCUCUGCAGAGCUGAUGUGGCCAUUUUUGGGUUGAGCUAAAGUUUCAGACUAAUCCCACCAGAAGCAGCUAGGACGUUAUACAUUUUCCAUGCUGAACUGUACCUGUAAGAAUAUGCUAUUUUACAAGAAAUUUUAUUUUGUACUCUUUUUAGAGUAAAUUUUAAAAAUAGCGAACCAUACCAUCAUUAAUUUAUAUUGUGACUGUGAUGCGAGUGUUAUUCUAGAUUUAAAUUUAAGUUGAGAUGAGAUCAUACAUCUACCUUUUCAGGCCUUUUCUGUGUAGAUCUUGUUAGACACUACCACUUUAGUGAGUGAAGUAUCAUCACAAGUCCACUGCCUUCAAUUCGCUUUAUGUAAUGAUGAAUUUUACUUGCUGAAGUGGAUCUGUUUUGUUAAAUGAAUUUGUUGCUUUUUUUCAUUGUUUGUUUUCCAACUGCUGAGUUAUUGUAAAUUGCUAACUAUUCUCCCAGUAUUUAGACAAGGUGCCUUGAGAGUUUACAAGUUGAAUUCUCUGUUCCGUGUCCAUGCAUCAAGAAUGCAAAUGAAACAGAGAAAUUAUUGUAAUUGUUGUAUGCACAUAUUGAUUGCAAGUAUUUUUACUAAUUAACAUUAGCAGUGAAGAUCACUUUUAUGAUGAUCGACGAAGUCAAACUGUGCCAGAAUAUUAUUUUAAUACUCUUCAGAUGUUUCAAGUCUCUUGUAUUUAGUUUAUGUUGCUUUCAUGAAAUUGAAUUCUUGUAAAAGCCGCAUUGGUGCAAACAAGCACAAAAGCUCAGUAACGCUUGAAUGUGUGGCCAUGCCCGUAACAUAUUUAAAUCAAAAGCAAGACAGGAGGUUGUUUCAGUCUGAAUCGUGGAUAAGACGAGAGUACCCUUUAUGUAAACUAUACCAAGAUGUUAAAGUACUGAGACUGAACAUAAGGCUUUAAUAGGACAUGCAUAUGGAGGUUGUGUUUUAGCAACUUUCUUCCACCUUUAAAAGGUUUUGACAAGUUGUGAGGGGCAGAAAGAGGUGUCAGUGCCACCAUUUAGAAGGAUCUCUCAGAUUUCAAGCCAUUCCAUUAUUAUCAUAAUCAUUUAGCGUAAGGACCAGACCUGUAUCCAGCCCUGUGAUUAUAAAACUCUAACAUUGUACUCAACAUGUAUAUGCUGUGACACUUCUUAAAUAAAAGUACAAAAGUAAAUAA